GCAAGUCAGGAAGUGUUACCUGAGCACACAGCAACAACUAGCAGGCUGACUGGCGUGGGAUGUGCCUGGGAAUAUUCUGAUCCUUAUUAUGAUCCAUCCCUUUACCAGGAGUAAGUGAUGGCUGUGAAGUGCAAUGAGGACUGGAUGGGUGCCCUGCCAGUAUGCCUAAGUACUAUGCCACUGGCCAACUUGGCUAUACCAGGAUCACAUGAUUCAUUCAGCUAUUGGGUUGAUGAAAAAUCUCCCGUUGGACCGGACCAGGCAACAUCAAUUAAACGAUUGGCAAAAAUCUCAUUGGUAAAAAAACUUAUGAAGAAAUGGUCUGUUACCCAAAAUUUAACUUUCAAGGAACAAUUGGAGUCAGGUAUUCGCUAUUUUGACCUACGUGUAUCCUCGAAGCCAGAGGAGGCUGAAAUAGAGAUCUAUUUCAUACAUGGCUUAUAUGGAAUUAAAGUAUGGGAUGGACUGGCAGAAAUUAACACUUUUCUAACAAAUCACAGCACUGAGGUUGUUUUGUUGGACUUUAACCACUUCUAUGCAAUGGAACAUGAACAUCAUUUGUAUCUUGUGAAUAUGCUGCGCGAGUUGUUUGGCAGAAAACUUUGUACAGCUGAUUGUGUGGAAAACAUUACAUUACAAUACCUGUGGGAAAAGAAGUAUCAGGUUCUUGUGUUCUACCACUAUAACAUUUGGAAUGAGUACCCAUUCCUGUGGGCAGGAAAUAAGAUGCCAGCGCCAUGGGCCAACACAACAAAUGUACAUAAGUUGAUUCAAUUUCUGGAGACAACUCUGGGGGAACGUGCUAAGCGGGGGACAUUUCAUGUGUCUCAGGCCAUUCUCACACCACAGGUUAAAACCAUUGUGCGAGGAUUGAAAUCUGGAUUAAAAAAUACACUUGUCCAUAGGAAUCUUCCAAUGAUACUGAACUGGGUAAAAAUGCAGAAACCAGGUGCCAUGGGUGUUAAUAUCAUCACAUCAGACUUUGUUGAGCUAGUUGACUUUGCAGAAACAGUUAUUGCACUAAACUAUCUGCUGCUCAAAAACAAUAAAGACAGAGAAAACAGCUAAGAAGCAAAACUGAAGCCCGUGAGAGUCUGACAUUGCCAUGAAAUAAAUUAUACCUAGUUGGGAAAGGGAUCAUCUACAGUGUCCGUGCUAUU